AUGGCUCGGUUUUCGAAGCCCGUUUUCUGGGUUCUGUUCCUGCUGGUGCAGCUGAGCAUCGCGUCCUCGGUGGCGGAGAAGCUCGCGUCGGCCAGCAAGCCGGUUGCUGACCUGAGUCUCGAGGAGCUCGACGAACAGCUGCAGCAAUGCUCCCUCGUGCAGAGCCUCACGGCCGAUAAGCUGUCCAAGCUGAACGACAGCCCGUCCCUACUUUCCCGCGCCUUCGGCGUGCUCUUCCCGGGCAGCCCCGCGGUCAACGCCAUCCUCGCAACGCUGUACAUCUCGGGCCCGCCAAACUUCCUCUUAGCCCUGUGCCCGCCGAACAUCGACCCCUCCUCGCUCUCCGUGAUGGUGGCCUUCGCCGUCGGUGGUCUGAUGGGCGACACGCUGUUCCACCUUCUGCCCGAGAUCUUCCUCGGCGAGGACGAGCCGACCCGCGCGCGCCUGGUCCUGGUCGAGCCGAACAGGAACCUGCUCUUGGGAGUCGCCAUUCUCGUCGGCUUCAUGACGUUCGUGGCCAUGGAUAAGGGGCUGAGAAUCGCGACGGGUGGCGAGGGACACACCCACGACCACGGACACGCGCACUCGCACGCCGAAGCCAAGGCCGAGGGCGUGUCGUCUGCGGUGGAGAAGGCGGGGGAGCUCAAGUCCCGGAAGAAGAAGGCCGACGAAGGCUCCAACGGCGCUGCGGAGAAGACGGAGAAGGAGAUUAACCCCAGCGUGAAGCUCGGAGGAUACCUCAACUUGAUCGCCGACUUUACGCACAACAUCACGGAUGGUCUGGCCAUGUCCGCCAGCUUCUACGCGUCCCCGACCAUCGGUGCGACGACGACGGUUGCAGUCUUCUUCCACGAGAUUCCGCACGAGGUUGGCGAUUUCGCGCUGCUCGUGCAGUCCGGCUUCAGCAAGCGGGCGGCCAUGGGCGCUCAAUUCGUCACCGCGCUUGGUGCCCUCCUUGGUACGCUGAUUGGUAUUGCCGUUCAAGAGCUCGGUGGCAGCUCUGGCGACGACGCCAUGGCGCGGAACGCAGGACUCUGGGGAACUAGCCUGACCUGGGGCGACAUGCUUCUUCCUUUCACCGCCGGCACGUUCUUGUACGUGGGGACUGUUGCCGUCAUCCCGGAAUUACUGGAGACGGGACCGAACAAGAUGGCCGAGUUGCGUAAGACAGUGGUCCAGUUUGCUGCCAUUGCUGUUGGUGCCGGCAUCAUGCUGUACAUCUCGUGGCACGACUGA